GAUAGCCGAGCCGUUUGAUCAGCAUUUUGUUUAUUUGAUCGGGCACCCGUUUAACGGACGCUAAUGGGAAGUCUGAUUAGCAAGUGAUCGGGCGCCAUCAGUGCCGUACACAAAGUGCCAACUGCUUAAUGAGUAAUUCGCAAUUUUGCUAUUUUUAGUGGGACCCGUGGUCUCCGUAUGCGCUAUCGCAACACAGUCGGUUUCCAACUCGGCACACUUGUUGCUAGACGCGUGCAAUAUCGUUUUAUUUAAUUUAAUUUCCUUCCGAAAUUCGGUGACGUCUCCCGUCCCUCGACGACGCGAAGUGUGUGAUACUCGUUGGAAUUUUCAGCUUUAAUCGUGCUCCGAAAACUAACAAUUAUUUUGCAGAAAAUUAAACAUAUUUAUGUUGCUGGCGAGGCAUGUAUUGGCUUCAAUUCAAACGUAACCUGAUGUUAAUUUCUCGCAUACUUAAAAGUUACGUAAGCAAAAUUUGCGAUUAAGUGUAAAAAUAUACCGCAUUUUAUAUUCCAUUAAUGAAAGAUUUCCUGUGUAGAAAAUCCUACCUUAUUAUCAGCUGCUGUAAGUUGUUCAAGUUGCAAAUUCAGAAAAUCAGGUAUUUUUAACAACCAAAACUAACAAUUAAUGAUACUUCCCUCCAAUUUUAUGAUGCCUGGGUUUAUUCUUGCAUUCUAAACUUCGUUUCCGUCACCAUGUAACUGAAAAACUGAAAAAAGCUUAUGGUAACUUAAACUAACCAAAACUAAUCUAUUCUUAUGGAUACUACUUAUCACAAGACUCUAUGUUGUUGUCUCAGCUGAAUUGCUGAUUGGCUCAACAUGCAUAAUAGAUUCAACGUCCAUGAGCUUAAUUUACGUAAUAAGAAAUUGUUGACUAUACCCCAGCACAAAAAGGAAUUAUGUAAUAGGUGAUGUUCUUACAAUGUGGCUCCACAAGUUAACUGUCUGGACUGGUCUGAUAUCGGUGGUGCCUACUAUGCAUUUAGAGAUAAGUUUAAGUUUGGUCUUCUCAAAUGUCAACAGUAUCUAGUGUUUUGUUCAUUUUUGUUCAACUUUUCCUAUUCUUCUCCUUUUCCUUUUUAGUUCCAUCUUUGAUAUUUAUUCUUUUUUUAGCUACCAUAUAAGACUUAUUCUUUCUUUCUUUUUAAAUUAGGCUUUAACAUUAUCUGGGUUUUGCAUGGAUGGCCGCGAUUUAUUUCAAGCCUUUUGCUACAUGUUUUCCUAAUUUACUUACACGUAUACCCAGAUAGCACACAAUAUCCCCAGUAUAUCCGGUCAAUGUCCCAUUUAAGUCGCAUGUCCCGGGACAUCCUCUAAAUAAAUACCACAGAUAUCCUCUAAAUAGAUGACCUGAUAUCCCCUUACACCAUAAUGGGAACAUUAGAAUAGAAAUAAGGGAAAAAAGUGAAAAACCGUAAAACAAAAUGAAACAUAAAAACUUAAAUUUUGAACAACUGAGAAGGCAAAUACUUAGUUUUAUCAAAUUUGUGGUGUUUUAGGAGACAUUUUAUUGGCAACGUUUUGUGCACAUCUACAUCGACGUCAGUGUUGGCAAGUCCUAAAAAAACCAGAAUCAAACCGUUAAAAUCAACUUGCUUUUAUUAUUUUUUGGACACGAACGACUUUUUAAUGAAAAUGCCACAGAAAAUACGAAUUCUUCUAAGUAAAAGAAAUACAAAAACGUAAAAAUAAUAUAUUUUUUUAUAAGAUACCAUUUGACAACACUGUUCGUCUGCAAUCAAUGACGCAACCACUCGCGGUCGUGCCGUGCCGGACUCGCUCGAGUCUUGUCGGCUUCUCCUGCGUCUCGUCGUCCGCCAUCUUUAUAAGAAUUGUGUGAUGACUUCACCAACCAUACCCAAUAUGUUAAUUCCAUCACAUGGUUGUAAUCGUACAAUCAAUUGAACUACUGCACAUUACCUUUUCAGUAUUAAGAUUCUAUAUGCUCACAGUCGGAUAUACUAACGACGUCUCAACUAGUAUAACUGAAUAUCCUUAGUAUGUCCUAACAAACAUCCUACGUAUACGUAUCUGAUAUAGUGUGAACGUUCGAAUUAGUAACAUCGUAUACCCUUGACACUUCUUAAGGAUGUACGUUAGCUGAGGACGUUUUACGGAUGUGUUUGUGCUAUAUGGGCAUCUAUUGUAAUUUGUCAUGCUAUUUAUUAUUAUUAUUAUAAGAAUUAAUAACUAUAACCUGAUUCAUUCAAAUAGAACGGCGUAUUCUCCCAUCAGGAAAUUUAACACUUUUAGGACAACCUGUAUACCACAUUACACGCUGUCCAACCCAGAAGAGCUUAUAAUUAUUUUUUCUCUUUGUCUUAGCUUCAUUUUAUCUUUUUUUACCAAUCUUCUUGGUCUUUUUAAAGCAUUUAACGUUUAGCACGUUCACAGAAAAAUUUGAUGUUUGAUGAGAACUAACCAAGCUAGACCCAAUUAAAAAUUCACUCAGAAGCCUCGCCCCGCAUAUCGCGGCCAAUAUCCUCAUCCGCACGAGGGCGAUGUAAAUUUAUCCGCACAUUUAUUUUACCAAACCUCGUAAAUAGCGAAAAGAGGUGCCCAAAACAAAUACAAAUGGCACUGCUGAGUAAACGAUCGCGAAUAGCCGUGUUUACAUUUGCCUCGAGCAUUGUUUCUAAAAUAUUUACCUCCCGGUAAUAACUCAAUACUUGUUUUUUCAACUUUGGAGAUAUAUAAAUCGUCGAAAUUAUACGAGGCCGUUCCGAAAACUUAGUCCGCUUCAACCAUAUAUAUUCAUCCGGCAUUCUUAAUACGAUGUCAUUCAGAUUGAAGAUUUUGAACUGCUCUCCAGGCUGGACUCUCAUGCGAGGUCAAAGGUGACCGUAGCAACACAACUACCAAGUUCAAAAAGUGUCUUCCACGUCCCCCGUAUACGUACUGGCCGAAACAAUUAUUUUUAAAAGCGUUUUAUGAUUGACCAGACCCCAGUCCGUGCGAUUUUAAAUUUAGUUUUGAAGUGGUGGCGAUGAGAGCGAAUUCCUCAAACCGCUGAAGGUGUUUGUGGAAAUAUGAGUGAAGAGUGCGAGCAGGAGAGGAUCGAGAUGGGACAGUUGGCUAGGGGUCAAAGUUCGAAGGGGAGGAGGAAACCUAACAGUUGUAUCCGGUUCUUCAGAGCUACUUGGGCCAAAUUCACGGAAAUCAAAGACAGGCAUCCGAACGACUUGGACAGCUUGGACCUCUACUAUCUGAAUUCCGAGCUAGAGGACUUAGAGACACCGCCGAGAUACCGACCGGAGAGUCUGGAGUCGUUGUGCCGAGCUACGAGAUUUACCCAGGACGAAAUCAAGCGGAUAUACAGGGGGUUCAAGGCGGAGUGCCCCACCGGUGUGGUGAGGGAGGACACCUUUAAGAUGAUUUACGCUCAGUUUUUUCCGCAGGGAGCGAAUUCCAGCCAAUACGCCCAUUUUGUGUUCAACACGUUAGAUCAAGACCACAGCGGACUGAUUAGUUUCGAGGAUUUCGUUCAGAACCUUUCGAUCCUGUCCAGAGGCUCUUUGGAGGAGAAGUUGCGAUGGGCGUUCUCCCUCUACGACAUCAACGGAGACGGUUUCAUCACCAAGGAGGAAAUGACCGACAUAGUCAGCUCCGUGUACGAUCUGAUGGGUAAACUAGCAGAGCCCUGUAUAGACGAGGACACCGUCAAAGAGAAAGUUGACAGGAUAUUCCAGAAAAUGGACAAAAACCAAGACGGUGUGGUGACCUUGGACGAGUUCCUCGACUGCUGCAAAACCGACAAAGACAUCUCGCAGUCUAUGGCGGUAUUCGACUCGUCAAUAUGACCCUCGGUGGAAGGGGUACGGACAUCGGCCCCCCACCACUGGACAUGAACCGUUCGGUUACCAACGCAGCAACAAAUAAAAAUUGUCUUCGACCAAUAAAAAAAAAAGUUGUCCUCUUAAGGUGGCCUAACGCUGCAGCUCGGACCGCCUCCAUUUUAUUUUUUGUGUGUACAGGGUAAAACUGAAGAGAAAAAAUUACGUAUCUUGUCGUGUAGCGCGCUCUUAAGGGGACAGAGGUGAUAACGUUUAGGUUUGGCUCGUUACGUCGUACGAUCGUGCGUCUAUAGAUAGUUCAAAAUUUAUAUUUUACCCAGGAAUUAAUGUAUAUUAAAUCCUUCAGAUCGUGUAUCUAAGACUUUGCGGUGAACUGGAAAUGUGCGGGGCGUUUGAGGCGCGUUUGCGUUAUAAUUACUUGCUCAAAAUGGUCAUGCGUGCUCAAAACCCUCAAGCCGGACCUGUUUCAAAGCAGUCAAUUUUUCCAAUAACUAUGGUUACCGUUAUUCUCUACAUAGAUCAACCGCGGUAUCGGUUAGUUUUAACUUAAUUUGGACUGCAAGUAAGAAGUUGUUUUCUACUUGGAGGAAAUAUAGUGAACCAAUUAGUGGAUAGUCUGAUGGCGAUGAUAAAAGGUAACCAAUAAGACCUUUAUGCUGGCGGUUAGUUUCUGAAUCAUUUUAUCUAUUUACACCACUGCAUCACGAUUAAAACUAUCUUUUUUUGUAGUUGAUAUGCUGUUUGACUCUUAAGUAUGGUUUUUAUACCGGAUUUUUAUCAAUUAUUUACGAAAGCAACCACAAAAAAAAUAACUUUCCGCUUUGGGCACUCGUUCCGCCUGUGAUAAAAUAGCAGUGCUUUAUAAAGCAAAACGGAAACGAGUGUCCUACGUUUGUUAACUUUGCAUAUUAAUUUAUUGUCUUGUGACUCGUGUUGUUUAAUUAUAGCUAUGGUUCCUACUAAUCUAUUAGACGUCGCAGAGACCUUUAAGGCGGUCUUUAAAAAAGGGAAAGGCCUCGAACGUCCCUCUCAUUAUGUCGGGUAUUCUUUUACAUAGAAAUUUACAGUACGUUACGUUUUUCAAAUACUUAUAUGUAAUUAUUUUUGCGAAUAGUCAAGAGAGAUUUAUAAGGUACCUCGAUGUCCACGAUGUUGUUAGAGAACUAAAUCUACAAUAACUUAAAUCUGUCGAAUCCAGAGAUGCAAGUAAAAUACAUGUAUAUAUCAAGGCGUUAUUUGUUAAUAACGUCGUACCACCAUUUCUGUUGUUAGACAUAUCGGCGACUUAGUCGCUUGGAAAAACAAACAAAAAAAAGAACAGGAUAGGGUCGAUUGUAGAUUUUCGUUUAAUUAAAUAAAUCAAUAUUUGUCAUCGAUGUAUUUUGAAUGUUUAUAAGAUGAUACUCAAUUGUUUCAAGCGACACAUUGGGUUUAUCAAUUUUUUAAAUAUACUUACUGAAAGUUAGAAA